UUUUUAUUUUAGCGCCUGCGGUUCUGCAAAUUGUGAGUGAGAUAGCUAGUGAGGUGUGUGAAAGUGAGAGGAGCUGUGGUGCUUGUUUGGUGUUAUUUUUGUGGUGUGGAAAAAUACCCAUUUGGUGACAGUGUGAUCCCCCUUUUACAAAAUUCACCUACUCUUGCGAGGAUUGUCCACAGUGCAAUUGUCCAGCGUUGGCGAGCAGUAGCCAACAAUGUUUCGCUGCACACAGACCUUUCUCAGUACAGUACGCCUCAGAUGGGGCUGUGAACGACGGUGGGCGUCGUCGGUGGUGAGUGUGGACUCCCUUCCUGAUUUCCCAGCUGUCAAUGAGCCCGUCCUUGGGUACCUAGCUGGCUCCCCAGAGCGCCAGGAGAUUCAGGAGGCGCUGAAAAAAUCCUCAGCUGAAUGUGUUGAUGUGCCCAUUAUUGUUGGUGGUCAGGAGAUACGUACGAAGGAUGUUAGGUAUCAAGUAAUGCCACACAAUCAUGGUAAACGCAUUGCAAAAUUCUACUAUGCCGACGCCAAGGUCAUUGGGCAGGCAAUUGAUUCAGCCGUGGAGGCGCAACGCGCAUGGGAUCGUCGCCCCAUAAAAGAGAGAUUGGAAAUUUGGGAGCGUGCAGCUCAAUUGAUGGCAACAAAGUACAGGGCACGUCUCAAUGCCGCCACAAUGCUUGGGCAAUCGAAGACGGUGAUUCAGGCUGAAAUUGAUUCAGCUGCUGAACUAAUUGAUUUUAUUCGUAUCAAUGCGUACUUCCUCAAGGAGGCCUCCAAGUACCAACCAAUUAGUCCAAAUCCCAAAGUUACGCGAAAUUUUCUACGAUUCCGCGGAAUUGAUGGUUUUGUCGCGGCCAUCAGUCCGUUCAAUUUCACCGCAAUUGGGGGGAAUUUAGCCUAUACACCCGUUCUUGCGGGGAAUGCUGUGCUGUGGAAGCCCUCGGAUACUGCCCUCCUAUCUAAUUGGCUAAUCUACACCAUUAUGACGGAAGCUGGUGUCCCACCGGGGGUUGUUAACUUUGUCCCAGCUGAUGGGCCGACAUUUGGCAAAACCAUCACGGCAUCACCGCAUUUGGCUGGGAUCAACUUCACCGGUUCCGUACCGACGUUCCAAUGGCUCUGGAAGGCUGUUGCCCAAAAUAUUGAUUCAUACGUUAAUUUCCCACGACUCAUUGGGGAAUGUGGUGGGAAGAAUUUCCACUUUGUUCACCCAAGUGCGGAAGUUGCAACCGUUGUGGCUGGGACCCUCAGGUCAUCAUUUGAAUUUUGCGGGCAAAAAUGUUCAGCUUGCAGUCGUCUCUACGCCCCACGUUCGCUUUGGCCGAAAAUCAAGGAGGGACUCAUUGCAGGAGCGAAGAAACUCACAAUUGCUGAUCCAACGGAAUUUAGCACAUUCACUGGUGCUGUAAUUGAUGCUGUAGCCUUCAAGCGUAUUAGUGGUUACAUUGAGCAUGCAAAGAAGUCAAAGAAUCUCGAAAUAAUCGCAGGCGGAAAGUGCGAUGACUCAAAAGGAUAUUUUAUUGAGCCAACAAUUGUUGAGACAACAGAUCCACGUGAUAAAAUCAUGACGGAAGAAAUUUUUGGGCCUGUCCUCACGUGCUACGUGUACGAUGACAAGGCAGCCGAAGCAACACUCAAAGAAGUCACAGAAGCCACCAAGUUUGCCCUAACAGGAGCUGUUUUUGCGCAGGAUGAAUCCUUCCUGAAGAAAGCCCUGGAGGAAUUUAAAAUGUCCGCAGGGAAUUUCUAUAUAAAUGACAAAUCAACUGGAUCAGUUGUAGGGCAGCAGCCCUUCGGUGGUGGCCGAAUGUCAGGAACAAACGAUAAAGCCGGUGGACCACAGUAUGUCCUUCGUUGGACUUCACCGCAGGCUAUUAAGGAAACAUAUGCACCACAGACUGACGUGGAUUACCCAUAUAUGCGCUAAGAAGAUGAGAAAAAGCGCCCCGAGACAGUAUAUCGUGAAGUAUCAUGCAAAGUAUUACGACGCCACGAUGGAAUCUCCACAACUCACAACACACUGAUGAAUCUCCAACGGAAAAAUUGUAUUAUAAUUUAUAAUGAAUGAAGAAAAAUCUUUUUUUUUUAGUUUUUUGUGCUUUUCCUACUUCCCAGAGCAUUUUAAAUGCCCGAGUUUUUUUUUCUUGUUCUGUUGUUAGUAUUAAAUUUAUUAUCGUUUUUAUGUAUUAUUUUUUUGCCAAGUAUAUUGUUAUUUUCUUUGUAGAGAAAGAAUGAAAAAGAAGAAGAGAUUGAGAGAGAAAGAGAAGAAGAUAAAAUGAAAAAAUUACCUACAAUUCAAAUGAUAUCUGUCCGAGAAUGUUGGCGGACGCGUAAAUGUAAAACGGGUAAAAGCGAAACAUUUUUUUUUGUUGAAGUGUGUUAAAAAGAAUUUCUUUCUACAUUUUUUUCUAUUUAAAAAAAAAAGAAUUAAUUUGCGUUUAACAGGAAUCGCGAGGACUGUGCAGAAGCGGAGAGAAGAAUAUUUUAUUUGAAUUAAAAAAUGAAUAAUCAAUGUAUGAAGUAAAAAAAAUGUUGAAUAGUGCAGUUUUAAAAAGCAAGCAAAAUAAUCAAUUGAAUUAUUAUGGCAAAUUAGACAAUACAGACUUUAAUGUGACA